ACACGAAAACGCUCACGGUCAUCACGCGUAUAAAAGUACGACGAUUCUUACCCUGAGGCAUCAGUCUCCUGGCGAUCCUCUCGUAAACAAACAUGGUUGGAAAGCUCGUUCUUCUCUUAAGCCUGGCGGUCCUCUCGAAGGGCGCGGUGGUACCAGCACCGGUGGUUGCCGCAGCACCGGUGGUACCAGCAAGACUGGAAGAACUGGACGCAGUGCCCCAAUACAGUUUUGCUUAUGACGUACAAGACGCGAUAACCGGCGAUUCUAAGGCCCAAUACGAGACCAGAAACGGAGAUAUAGUACAAGGAAGCUACAGCUUGAUCGAAGCCGACGGUACUCGCCGCAUCGUUGAGUACACUGCCGAUCCGAUAAACGGCUUUAACGCGGUGGUUAGUCGCGAACCAGCGACUGCCGUCGCUGCCAUAGCUGCUCCUGUAGCCGCUUAUGCACCUGCCCUCGCACCAGCUGCUGCAGCUGCUCCAAUUUUACCAGGUGCGCCUGCACCAGCACCAGCGAUUCCGUCCAGCGGUCCCGACUCCGACGUGGAAGUGGUCGAAGCUAGAUCCGGUCCUCUGAAAGCCGCGUCUAGUCGCCAGGAACAGUUGAGGCAGCAACAGGAACAGCAGUUGCAGCAGCUGAAGGCGAUUGAAAGACAGCAACAGGAACAGCAGCAGCAACAGCUGCACCAGCUUCAGCAGCUCCAGCAGCAGUCCAGACUGCAAUUGCAACAGCAGAUUCAGCAGAGGCAAGACCAGAGGACGCAGGAAAAUAGCCAGGAGCAAGAACAGAGGCAACAGCAUCAACAAGAACAACAGGGUGCACCUGUAAGGGCGCUCGCUAGUCCAGUACAAAUUCCAGCGAGAGCUCAGCCUGCUAGGCUGGUCAGCUUGCCAGCGGCCAAAGCUGUCACCAGUUACGCUUAUCCCGGGGCUUAUGCUUACACCGCUGCUUACUCGUCGCCUGUGGCAUACGCGGCGCCCACUCUUACCUACGCUCCCGCCAACGCGCUUUUCUAAAU